AUGAGGGAUUUGUAUAAAACUGGUUUUCACUGGUCCUUGUUUAUGGCUCCACAGAACCUUGCCUCCUGGAACCCUUCAAACCCUGAGUGCCUGUUGCUCGUGGUGAAGGAGCUGGUGCAGCAGUACCACCAGUUUCAGUGCGGUCGCCUCCGUGAGAGCUCACGCCUCAUGUUUGAGUACCAGACGCUCCUGGAAGAGCCUCAGUAUGGAGAAAACAUGGAAAUUUAUGCUGGGAAGAAAAACAACUGGACUGGUGAAUUUUCAGCUCGUUUUCUAUUGAAGUUACCAGUAGAUUUCAGCAACAUUCCCACAUACCUUCUCAAGGAUGUAAAUGAAGAUCCCGGAGAAGAUGUAGCCCUCCUUUCUGUCAGUUUUGAGGAUACUGAAGCCACCCAGGUGUACCCCAAGUUGUACUUGUCACCUCGAAUUGAGCAAUUAGAGCAUAGAAGAGGAGUGGUGACAUUUCAGGAAGGCGGUGGCCAUGGAUAUUUCGGAAGAAAGCUGCGAGUGCUAAGGUUACACCAUCAGAGCUGGCACGAACGUGCUGUACCUUCCCCUCGGUCCCAGACUGUGGGCCAUUCCCGCAGUGAAGUAAAAGGUGAAAUGGGCGUCCCAGGCAGCACAGUGCUCGUCUUG